AUGGGCCCUUGUCAGCAGAAAUACUGCUCCAUGGGCCUUUGUCAGCAGAAAUACUGCUCCAUGGGCCCUUGUCAGCAGAAAUACUGCUCUAUGGGUCCUUGUCAGCAGAAAUACUGCUCCAUGGGCCCUUGUCAGCAGAAAUACUGCUCUAUGGGUCCUUGUCAGCAGAAAUACUGCUCCAUGGGCCCUUGUCAGCAGAAAUACUGCUUCAUGGGCCCUUGUCAGCAGAAAUACUGCUCCAUGGGCCCUUGUCUGCAGAAAUUCUGCUCUAUGGGCCCUUGUCAGCAGAAAUACUGCUCCAUGGGCCCUUGUCAGCAGAAAUACUGCUCCAUGGGCCCUUGUCUGCAGAAAUUCUGCUCUAUGGGCCCUUGUCUGCAGAAAUACUGCUCCAUGGGCCCUUGUCAGCAGAAAUACUGCUCCAUGGGCCCUUGUCAGCAGAAAUACUGCUCCAUGGGCCCUUGUCAGCAGAAAUACUGCUCCAUGGGCCCUUGUCAGCAGAAAUACUGCUCUAUGGGCCCUUGUCAGCAGAAAUACUGCUCUAUGGGUCCUUGUCAGCAGAAAUACUGCUUCAUGGGCCCUUGUCAGCAGAAAUACUGCUCCAUGGGCCCUUGUCUGCAGAAAUUCUGCUCUAUGGGCCCUUGUCAGCAGAAAUACUGCUCUAUGGUCCCUUGUCAGCAGAAAUACUGCUCCAUGGGCCCUUGUCAGCAGAAAUACUGCUCCAUGGGCCCUUGUCAGCAGAAAUACUGCUCCAUGGGCCCUUGUCAGCAAAAAUACUGCUCUAUGGGCCCUUGUCAGCAGAAAUACUGCUCCAUGGGCCCUUGUCAGCAGAAAUACUGCUCCAUGGGCCCUUGUCAGCAGAAAUACUGCUCUAUGGGCCCUUGUCAGCAGAAAUACUGCGCCAUGGGCCCUUGUCAGCAGAAAUACUGCUCAAUAGGCCCUUGUCAGCAGAAAUACUGCUCCAUGGGCCCUUGUCAGCAGAAAUACUGCUCAAUAGGCCAUUGUCAGCAGAAAUACUGCUCCAUGGGCCCUUGUCAGCAGAAAUACUGA